GAUCCGGACGAACAUCUAUUCUCGGUAGCUGUCACAGAGGACGAGUUGCGACGACGAUAUGACGCAGUCAAGGCCUACUGGGAUGAGCUGCAACACCAUUUUCAGUUGCAUCAUAAACAUUACCAGCAUUUUCAGUUGCAUCAUAAACAUUACCAGCAUCUUCAGCAACUUCAGAGAACCAUUGGUUUGUUCAAUACAAAGGACAAACCCUUAGGGACAGCACAAGCCAGUAAAAAAGUCCACCAGCAGAUACUGAGGACAAAUAAGGUGUAGUUUGGUUAAGAAAAUUAAACGAGUAUUAGGAGCGAAUGUCUUUAUUGUGUGUAUGAAUUUUGGAAAAUAUGUAGUGUAAACACUGGCAGAUAUUGGGAAUGAAGCUACAUUUUUUGCAGAGUUUUAUUCCACGUAAUCUGCGCUAACGAUAAAUUCUCCGCAGGCUUACAGCAGCGGGUUGUUGUUUAAUAAGAGACAAAAUCAACAAAAAAUAGAUUAAUAAAAUAUAAGGAGUAAAAGUAAGGAAGAAAAAAUAAUAAUAGGAAAAAUUAAAAAUGAUGCAACGUUGGAUUUUAAAAAAAUGGACUUGAGGAGUUUUUAAGGAAACACGUGCUGUGAGUCGUCGACUGUGAGUCCGUAUAACCGCCCCAAAAUUACGAAUAAUUUUUUUUUCUUUUUCUCUCGUGACGUUUGUGACACGUGCGAGGGAAAGAGUGGACUUGAACUGCGGAGAAGUGAUCAAUGAUGUGAAUGUGUGCGAUAAAUAGUCAAAGAAAGAUACGCUGGAAAUAAAUAUGGAAGAGAUUAUCAUAGAUAGGAAAAAAAGAAGCAACGUCUACUGAUCCUGUUUGGUUUAUUGCCACCUGCUAAAUCUGUAUAUACAUAUUAUUAUUAUUUAUAUAUAUAUAUGUAUUUACUGGUUAAAAGAGAAUUAAAUAAGAAGAAAAGUCACGCAGGAGCUGGAGAUUGCUAUAAAACAAACACAAAAAGACGAAAGGGAUCAGCAAGAGCAACAUUGUAGCCGUGAUCUUUCUUGUAACAUACUAGUAUUAUACGCUAAAAAUAAGGGUAUUCAGAAAAUAUUAUUGACCAUUAAUGUUAAUUAUAAAAGUUAAGAAUAAAAAAAAAAAUAACACUACUACUGAUGUCGAUAAAUUUAAGGAUAUUCAUUCAUAAACAUUUCUAUAAUUCAACGACUCGAAAGAAAAGUGCAGUUGUAUUUUUUGCAUAUCCUUAAAAGUUGCGUAAUACCUAGUUAUACAUACUCGUUUAUGUAUAAGUUUUAGAUUAUUGUAAUUUAACGUUAAGAGUGAGAAAGAAUAUGCGAAGGAAUGAGUGAGCAUUUAUGAUUAAGGAUAAGAUCAUUCUAAAAACAAAAUAGUUACAAAAUAAUUGUGCACUGAUGAAAAAAUAAUUAAAGUAAUCAUUUUUUAAUAUGCGCGUAAGGAUGGUUAAUUAAUGUAAUUAUUUUUUCAUAAGUGAAACAGUAGAGACAGUCAGUCUGAACAUUAGUAAUAAUAACUGUCUCCUAAUCAAUCAAGUACUUGGAUAAUGAAUGAUUCAACAAUUACUAAGCGAACGAAAGUGAAUUUAGGGAAAAAACAGGAAUAAAUAGAUGAAAUAAUAAUGAUGAAUAAAAGAAAAUAAAUUAAUAAACAAAUGAAAGCCGAGGAAAGGCGAAAAAUUAACUGAUAAUUUGGGUCGGGGCUCGCACAUAAUUAAGGUGAAUUAACAUUAGUACGAAUGAAAUGAGAAGAUUAACUGAUUUUCACAAUGACCGCGCGGCCGAUGUGUACUUAAUUAAAAUAUUUCGCGAUCAGAGCCGAUCUAAGGUCUAAUUAUUAAACGUAGGACGCGUGUUUUAUUGAAAUAUGAUGAGGAAUAAUAGCAAGCUCUUGUUGGCCGUCGAUGGUACGAAUCUGUAGAAUAAAAUCGAGAGGGACACACACACAUACAAAAGCGCACCGGUAUCUGUAUUAAAAGAAAAUAUUGAUUAUUUUAAGCAAAUAUUUUCUAGUUGUCAAGACACGUUUUGUAACAUUUUAUGAAUUAUUAUGAUACUAUUCAUUGAUUAUUUACAUGAGUCUGGCAACUACGCGUAAUAAUUCGUUGCUGAAAACCACUGUCGCUGAUUUUAUUUUAUCACUGUACUAGUCAUGUUAAUUAUUUCAUUUCUCAACGCGUUCGUGCAAAACAAAAGUACUUAGUGCAUUUAGAUGUUAAUUUGCGAGUGUUAAACGGGACAGGUUAGUGACCGAUAAAAAAAAAAAGUAAGAAUCAAUUAAAUAAAUGUCACUUAAGACACAGCAAUCGAGUCAACCUGUGUUCUUAGAGGCCGCUUGCCACUUGCAAUAACGAUAAAAAUGAAUCGAUUUAAUAAUAAUAAUGAUAAUACUUUUGUCGCACAGCGCAAAAGAUCUAUAAAUAUAUCAGAUAUAUGUAUAAAUAAAGUAUAUAUAUAUAUUAUAAACAUUUUAUAGCGUAUUAAUUAAAAUAUACAAUCAAUUGAGCCAUUUAUAUAUAAUCUGUUUAAUGAAUUUUCGACUGUAAGCCUUGAUGUCUGAUUAAUCAACUUUGAUUUAUUCCUAUGAGCAGAUAAGAAAUCCGUAAAUUUUCUUCAUGCUCGUUAUGUGUGGAUUGAUCGUAUCGAUCGGAACAGUUUAUAUAUGCAGAAUCUCUUAUUCUUAAUAAUGAACUGUGAGACAGUGGUAGUAGUAGAAAUUAAAACGAGCUCAAAGCUCACUCGAGUUGACUCGAUAGCUGUGGCAAUGAAGAGAAAAUUAAAUAAAUAUUUCGGUAGAAAAAA